GCCUCAAAACACACACAGACCCACAGGGAGCGAGAGAGAGAGAAGGGCGCGCGAGCUCGCCAUCGUGACACGUUUUUUGUUUUUUGGAACCGAAAGAAAAGCGAAAAUAAAACAUAUUUCUGAUCUAAACUGAGUAUGAGCUCAGAGGUGGUGAACGAUGAGAAUCAGGGCGCUCUGCCCGCACGCAAGCGCGUCCUGUCCGAGUCUGCCGCCGAUAUUUUCGCUCUGGAUCAGCCCACCGGCAGGCCGUCCAUCCUGAGGCAGUCUCAGGCCGAGAACGUUAAUAAAAACAUCCCUAAAGGAGUGAAGGUGUGUUUCCAGACUCCGCUCAGAGACCCGGUGACGAGGAAGAUCAUGUCCCCGAGUUGCGUGGGCAAAAUGGCCGCCCUCGAUGACUGCACUAACGCUCUGGAGUCUCUCACGCUGAAGUCGCCCAUUCCGGUCGACGUUCCCGCUAAAACGGCCACUUCCCUUCCUGACGAUGACAUGCCCAUUCAGAGCCGAGGAGGCUACGCCAUCGACUUCGACAACCUGGACUCCAUCAAUCCCUUCCAGAGCUGCAGUAAAAUGAUCCUCUCUCCACCCAAACCUGCCGCUCUGCUGUCGGACUCCCUGUCCCUGACGGAGCCGGCUCCGCCCGCCCCAUCGCCCGCUCCCGAAGAGGCGGAAAAGCUUCCGGAAAAGGCCGACAUGGCUCUGGAUGAGACUCUCCCUUUUAUCCCGUCUGUAGAGAAUUCCCUGGCGGACUUAUCCGCGGACGGCGCCUCCACAGACAGCACGGUGAUCAUCGAGCCGAGGAAAACUGCGCCCGCGGAUCAUGGCGCCGACGAUACGGUGAACGUCGAAGUUCCCGAGCCAGCUCCUGUAGUUCACGAAGACGUCACGGAUUUGCUUUUACUCCCUAAAGGAUCCUACAGCAUUGAUUUUGAUAACCUUGACUCGGUGAAUCCUUUCAGUGCCGGUGGCUCAAAAAUCCAGAACUCUCCCCCCGUCUCCAGGAAAUCGCCCGUCCGCAAUCCAGCGCCGCCUCAAGCCGAGGAGACGAGCUCAGGCGUGAAGACACCUAGCGAACGAGAAGAAGAUAACCUCUGCACCACGGAGAAGCCCAGCCUUACAGAGGCGAACGCCGACACCGCUCUCGCCUCAGCAGCGCCACCUACAGAGGCUCCCGUGGUGCUGGAGUUCAACUUUGACGACGGCGCCGAAGUAAAACGCAAACCUCCUCCCAAACGCCUCGGCUUAAAAAAGCCUCCGCUUUCCAAAACGAAACCCGACGCCACAAAACCAGCGUCUGCGUCCGCUCCGGCCGAGAAGAAAAGUCCGGAAAUCAAACCCGAGUCAUGCGACACGGCGGCGGAGAUUCCUCCAGCGAGAGGCGCUUACGCUGUUGACUUUGAUCAAUUCGAUGAUCCAAACUUUAAUCCGUUCGGUCCGAAGGCAAAAAUGGGGAGUUCUCCUCCUCGCGGCGCUCCGGUGGCGAGCGAGGUCUCUACGAGUCCAGCGCAGAACCAGGAGAACCCGGAAAACGCUGUGGAGAACCACACACACAGUUCUCCUUCCUCUGAACCCGAAAAGCCUGCAGAAGCUGAACCAUCUUUCACUAAGGAAGCAGAAGAACCCGAGCCCUUACUGUUUGCCGAAACCCACCAGCCCCCCGCUCCGGUUAUUCCACAGCCACAAAAGACAGAAGAGUCGGCUUUCCCCUGCGCUCCGAUCCACAGCGCGGAGUUUGACGCGGCUGCAGCCGAUGACGAGUUUGUUCCCGGCUCCAUGUUCAUGCCGAGUGACCUGGAUGGACAGAUCGAUUAUCUGGAGCAGUUUGGAUCCAGCACUUUUAAGGAAUCGGCUCUGCGUAAGCAGUCCCUCUAUCUGAAGUUCGACCCUCUGCUGAAGGAAAGCCCGAAGAAAGCCACAGUGGACAGCUCGAGCUUCGGGUUCAGUCUGCCUCGUCCCUCUUUGGCCAUCCGGAUGAUGGAGGCUGCGAGGUCAGAGGUCAAGCAGAAAUCUCAGCAGGAAAGCACAAAGCUGCUGGAGGACUUUCCUCCACCGGCGGAGCGUCCGGUGGUUCAGGACCCCGCCGUGCUGGACCUGCUGGUGCCGACGCUGAAGCAGACGCAGAGGAGCGAGGACGUCAUCGUGGACAUGCUGAAGUACACGCAGAAAGACCUGGAUGCCGCUCUGGAAAAGACCCGGAAACAGGCAGAGGAGAAGGAGGUGGACCUGAAGGCCCAGAUUGAGAAGAUGACUCUGGAUAAUCAGCACAUGGUGCUGAUCGUGUCGGAGUUCGAGGCCGUUAUUGCUCAGAUCACAGCCGAGCACAAGCAGAAGGACGAGCUGGCGCAGGCCGAGCUCAGCAGAGUGCUUCAGGAGAAGCAGCAGCUGGCUAAAGAGCUGAGCGACAUGGAGCGCUCCUUCUCCGACGUCGUCAAGCGCCUGGACCGACGCAAGGAAGUCAUCGAUGGCUUCAAGAAGAACGAGGAGACGCUGAAGCAGUGCGCUCAGAGCUACUUGGCCAGACUGCAGAAGGAGGAACAGCGUUAUCAGAUGCUCAAAACUCACGCCGAGGAGAAAAUCGACCAGGCGAAUAAGCAGAUAGCGGAGGUGCGCUCUAAGCUGGGAGCGGAGGUUUCUGCUCUUCAGGUGCAGCUCAGGAGAGAGCAGCUCAAAGUGCAGUCGCUGGAGAAGAACCUGGAGCAGAAGACGAAGGAGGUGGAGGACGUCACCAAGCUGUGUGAUGAGCUGAUCGCGAAAGUACAGCAGCACUGAGCUGCUGCUUUAUUCAUGUCUGUCUCUGUCUCUGUGUGUGUGUGUGUGUGUGUGUGUGUUUCUUAUUGUUGUUCAUCUUGUACUGAUUGAAUAGAAAAAAGACUUUUACUGUGUAACACUGACUUCUUUCAGUGAAAGGUUUAAAUAAAGAGCUUCUUCUGCAUUAAACAACAA